AUGCCUUCGACGACCGUUUACUUUCGCCGCCGCGCCACGACCCAGUGGGUGCCUGUGAAUGUUGAGGAGACCCGCAGCAUCGAGGACGCCGCCUCGAGCCUCUUUGGCUUUUCCGCCGUGCUUCGCCUGACCAAUGGUCAGUUUGACAACACCAAGGCCACCACCACCCCCAAGACCGCCGUCGGCAAGCUUGUGCCUCAGCAAGUCUACUCCUUCUCCGUCAACGGAAGCCAUGGCAUUCAACAAGUCAAGCGUCCUCUUGUCUGUUUUGUGUUCAGGGAGCAGCAGGCCGCCUGCUUACGAUAUAAAUUGUCAGACGAUUCUGGCAUUCUCUCUCUCUCUCUCUCUCUCUCUCUCUCUCUCUCUCUCUCUCUCUCUCUCUCUCUCUCUCUCUCUCUCUCUCUCUCUCUCUCUCUCUCUCUCUCUCUCUCUAUCGCUCUCUCUCUCUCUCACACACACACACGCAUAGCGACCAUGUGCGCGACCGAUUUCCGGAUUUUUCCAUUUGCUGGUCACGACCGCAUACGCCCUGCUCUGCUCUGGUUCUGGUUCUGGUUCUGGCUGGACUGCCGUGGUAGUUUGAGGAUAUUGGCUGCCUGUGCUGGAAGAGCUGUGACGCGCAAGCGAGGCGCGCACUCACACAACGAGAAGAUGCCACAUGAUGGCGAUGGACCGAUCGGCGGCGGUUUCCGGCGGAAAAAUCCAAGCACUGCUAGCACUGCUGUAGCUGAACCCCAAACAGAGCCGCCCGCCAAGCGUGGCAAACCUGCGACGCCCGCAGCAUCCAAGGCCGGCAAGCCCGUGAAAAAAGGCCCCAAGGCCGCACCCGCCUCUAAAAAGGCCAAGGGGCAAGCGCCCCCUGCGAAUCUCCCAGAGAAGCAAUCAACCGACAACAAGGCCAAGGCCAAACCUGAUACCGAGGAUGCAACCCCCGCUACCACCACGACCCAGACCGGCAAGAAGGGUGCCAAGGCUGGCUCUGACGCUGCUGCCGCAGCUGGGCGCAAGCUGUACAUCGUCUUUAUCGGCAACCUGAGCUACGACACCACGGCCGAGGAAGUGACCCAACAUUUCAAAAGCUGUGGCCCUUGCGUCGUGCGCCUGCUCAAGAAAAAGGGUACAGAUCAGCCGCGCGGUUGCGCCUUUGCAGAAUUUGAAACGGCUUCUGGCCACGAGAAAGCAUUGAGCUACCAUCUUAGCAAGCUCAAGGGGCGAAAAAUUAAUGUCGAACCCACAGCGGGCGGUGGUGGCAAGUCGGAAAAGCGCAAGGCCAAGAUUCAAAAAUUGAAAAGCAAGGUGCAAAAGCGGCCCGCUGGUGCCGGCGCCGGCCCAAAGGGUCCCAGGAACAACGCCAAGCGUCCGACUGCAGCGUCCAGCUGA